GUUGGCCUCGACGCCGACUCUUAAACCUUGACCCAGCUCCAUUCUCUGCGUCACUCCUCGUCCAUUUGUACAUAUUUCUUCCUGCCACGUUCCAGGGAAAACUCCCGCCUGGUCCAUCCUCCGGUCCUCGGUCCUCGCCAUUUUUCCCACGUGUGCGACCCCGCAGCGUCGGGGCCAUCAAGUGCACCGUACCCUCAACACUGGGUCUAUCCAUAAACCUUUCAAUCAACGUCGGUCAAGAUGAUCGGAGGAUUCCUCUUCACCAGUACUAGGAUCUUCGAGAUCGUCACUCUUAUCCCCAUCAUUGGGAUGCUGUCAUGGUUCGUCAAUGGGUUCAAUCAAAACAACCAGCUCACUCCCAACUUCAUCCUCGUCCUCUUCAUCGUCUCGAUCCUAGCCUGCGCAUGGGCUCUUGCGACCCUGCUCCGCUUCAGCUCGACCCGACGGAAUGCGCUUUUUGUCGCCUUCAUUGACCUGUGCUUUGUCGGUGGCUUGAUCGCUGGAGUCUACUACCUGCGAGGCAUUAGUGGAGCCAACUGUUCCAACUUCUCCUCUGGUUCCAUCUAUAUCAAUCUUGGUCCAUUUGGCUUCUUUGGGCGCAGCAGCGGGUCCUCGUGGGCGGUCAACGUCAAUAGGAACUGCGCCAUGCUCAAGGCUUCGUUUGCCUUAGCAAUCAUCAACAUUAUCCUCUUUUUCUGGACAUUUUUCUUGGCCCUCUUCCUGCAUCGUCGUAAUAGUAUCAAGGAAGUCAGAAGGACUUCGCGACACAGCUCCAGGCGCGGUCAUAGAUCUCGCUCAGGAUCGAGGAGGGGCAGUACCCGUCGCAGUGUCUACGUCUAAGGUCAUGUCGAGCGUCAACUGUUCCAUCUCAACAACGAUGCGUCUAGCGAGCACACAUAUCGGAGCUUUACGAAUUUCCUUGCACUCUCACAGUGCGUUCUUGAUCUUCGUUUAAGAACAAUGUCUAAGUAUUUGAGCGAUCUGUUUAUUUGUUCCCUUUUGGGGAAAUCAUUUGGUGAUGUACCGCUGCUCAGCGCGGUAUCAAUGAGUUGGAAAGGCAAUGAGAUGGUUGGAAAUGAGGGGGAAAACGCCAUGAUCACGACCCCAGACAAGAAAUAAAAUCAUGAUUUACAUGUUC